CGGCAGGCCAGCUAGCAGACAGGCUACUGUUUUUAGCCGAUUCAGUUAACAAACAUAGGUGGCAACAGUUUCGUUCAACAAGUGUAGCUUUAUAUUAGUUUAUUAGUUAAGGGACAGAUCUGUCCGUAUUCACUUUGUGGGGAGAAGACGACGAGUUCAUCAAAAUGGGAGGCGGUGAUCUGAAUCUGAAAAAGAGCUGGCAUCCCCAGACUAUGAAAAAUAUUGAGCGGGUUUGGAAGGCUGAGCAGAAGUACGAGGCUGAGCGGAAGAAGAUUGAAGAGCUCCAGAAGGAGCUCAGAGAAGAACGAGCGCGAGAAGAAAUUACUAAAUAUGCACAAGAAACUGGGACUCUUAAGAAGAAAGAUGAUCGCUUAGACUGGAUGUACCAGGGCCCGGGUGGUCAGGUGUCCAGGGAUGAGUACCUGAUGGGGCGUUCCAUUGACAAGCAGAUCACUGAUCAAUAUGACGAGCCUGAGAGUGGUCCAUCUGCCCAAACUGGCCUUCUGCCUGGUUCCAUCUUCAACCCCACCACCCCUGCUUCCAGCCUUGACCUAGCUGCCAAGAUCAGGGAAGACCCCCUGUUUGAAAUCAGGAAACGAGAGGAGGAAAAAAAGAGAGAAGUCUUGACUAAUCCAGUUAAAAUGAAGAAGAUUAAAGAAAUGCUGCGCCAGAAUCUUGAAAAGAAAGACAAGAAAAAGAAAAGGAAGAAGGACAAGAAGGAAAAGAGGGGAGACCGAGACAGGAAAAAGGAGAAGAAACAUAAAAGGAGGAGCGCCAGUUCAAGCUCAGAGGAGGCAGAGGAUGACAAAAAACACAGGCCACAUUCAAAACGGGAAUCUCCAGCAGACACAAAAUCUCAUGCGCGGCAUGCUCCGGGCUAUGGGCUACAGCUCCUUGAUGGAAGACAUCACCCAUCCUCAGCACGCCGCGAGAGAAGCCGCUCUCGCUCCCCUCACAGGAGUGAUAGGGAAAACCAACCCUCACAUAGAUCAGACAGCAGGAGCCACCCCAGGCCACCCAGUCCACAGAAGGACCGUUACCAAAGACAGAACAACCACAGAUCCAAGCAGCUGUCUGCUGAAGAGCUGGAGCAUAGGAGGAGGCAGAUGAUGGACUUUGCCAAGGAAAGGGAGGAGGAGAGGGAGAACAAUGUAAAAAGAUACAAGAGACAAGAUGAACGGGAAAAAGAGCGAGAACGAGCUACCAAGCAUGAGCCACAUGCUGGCUUCAUCCACAACAUGAAGCUAGAAAGCGCAUCCAGCUCUUCCUUAGAGGACAGAGUGAAGAGGAACAUCCAUUCCAUACAGAGGACCCCAGCUUCCCUGGAGAAGAACUUCAUGAAGCGAUAGAGACAGAAAUAAUUUCCAUCAUAUUGUAUAGAUGACUAGAAAAGGCAUGGCGAGGUGCAACGGGCCAUUCUCUGCGUUUUUUCCUUUACUGUGUCGAGACGAGGUUGUGUCCCCUAAUGGAACUGAAUCCUGUUCAGCAGGGCUUCAUGUGGCUGUAGAGGCGUCAUGGCAACUGUCCUCUCUGAUCAUGGCUGUUGUCUUUAGAUAAACAGUUUUCAAACGGUAACCAUAAUAAAUUCUUUUA